AUGGCAAAUAACAAAAUUGGACUCUCACCACGCACACGUAGGAAACAUAGGGCUGCACAUACGAGAGAGAGAGAGAGACAGAGGAGUUUUAUGCGAAGUGUGAGAGGGUGGGGAGGAGGGAUGGUGACGCGAUGGGUUUUGGGUGGGCGGAGGAGGCUACUGCGCAGUAAGGGUUUAAAGUUUAGGGACAUACAAAGUGACCAAGAUUAUAAAGUUCUGUAG